CGAAAGAAGAAAAGGAAGAAGGCAAGAGACCCAUCCAGUCCCUGAUCUCAAUUCCAAUCUGGAAUUGAAAUCUGAAAUCAGAGAGAGAGAGAGAGAAGAAGACGAAGUAGUCGGAGAAGAUGAUGGUUGAGGAUCUCGGUGUGGAAGCCAAGGAGGCUGCGGUGCGCGAGGUUGCGAAGCUCUUGCCUCUGCCAGAGCUUCUUCAGUCUAUCGCUUCCAUCAAGGCCGAUUACAUUGCUCGCCAACAGGCAAAUGAUGCACAACUUAGUACAAUGGUUGCCGAGCAGGUAGAACAAGCACAAACUGGGCUGGAGUCCCUGUCCUUAUCUCAAAAAUCAAUAAACCAACUCCGUGAAAACUUUGUUUCUAUUGAAAAGCUAUGUCAAGAAUGCCAAACUUUGAUUGAAAACCAUGAUCAGAUAAAGCUUCUCAGCAAUGCGAGAAACAACUUAAAUACAACCUUAAAGGAUGUCGAGGGUAUGAUGUCGAUCUCUGUUGAAGCCUCUGAGGCUCGGGCUUCUUUAAGUGAUGAUAAAGAACUCAUUAAUACUUAUGAGAGGUUAACAGCUCUUGAUGGAAAGAGGAGGUUUGCAUUAGCAGCUGCUGGAUCUCACAAGGAAGAAGUUGGCAGGCUAAGAGAAUAUUUUGAAGAUGUUGAUAGAACCUGGGAGACAUUUGAGAAGACGUUAUGGGGUCAUGUUUCAAACUUCUAUAAUCUUUCCAAAGAAAGCCCGCAAACUCUGGUCCGCGCUUUAAGGGUUGUUGAAAUGCAAGAAAUCCUUGACCAACAACUUGCUGAAGAAGCAGCAGAGGCUGAGGGAGGCGGUGCCAUGGCAUCAAUUGCCAAUCCUCGUAGAACUGCCAAAAAAACUACCACAGCAACAGCGUCUUCGAGAAAUCUGACACAGCAGAAAAUGAAUGGUAAUGGCAAAGGCUACAAGGACAAAUGUUAUGAGCAAAUUAGGAAGACUGUUGAAGGACGAUUCAACAAGCUACUGACAGAGCUUUGUUAUGAGGAUCUUAAAGCAGCACUUGAGGAAGCUCGAGCGAUUGGAGAAGAGCUUGGAGAUAUAUACGACCAUGUUGCCCCUUGUUUUCCCCCCAGAUAUGAAAUAUUUCAGCUCAUGGUCAAUCUGUAUACCGAGAGAUUUGUUCAAAUGCUUAGAUUACUCAGUGACAGGGCAAAUGAAAUGACAAACAUAGAGAUCUUAAAGGUAACUGGUUGGGUAGUUGAAUACCAAGAAAAUUUGAUUGGGCUUGGGGUUGAUGAAUCUCUUGCUCAAGUAUGUUCUGAGAGUGGUUCCAUGGAUCCCCUUAUGAAUUCCUAUGUGGAGAGAAUGCAAGCUACGACAAGGAAAUGGUACUUGAAUAUCUUGGAGGCUGAUAAGGUACAGCCACCGAAGAAAACAGAAGAUGGGAAGCUAUACACGCCAGCUGCUGUUGACUUAUUCAGGAUUCUUGGAGAGCAAGUGCAAAUAGUUCGCGAUAAUAGCACGGAUCUCAUGCUCUACAGAAUUGCUUUAGCAAUUAUCCAGGUAAUGAUUGAUUUUCAAGCUGCUGAAAGGAAGAGACUUGAGGAACCUGCUUCAGAAGUGGGUUUGGAACCCUUAUGUGCAAUGAUUAACAACAAUCUGCGAUGCUACGAUCUCGCAAUGGAGCUUAGUAAUAGCACUCUGGAAGCUCUUCCACAAAACUAUGCUGAGCAGGUUAACUUUGAAGAUACAUGCAAAGGUUUCCUAGAGGUUGCGAAGGAAGCUGUGCACCAAACUGUCAGUGUUAUAUUUGAAGAUCCCGGAGUGCAGGAUUUACUUGUGAAGCUUUAUCAGAAGGAGUGGUGCGAGGGACAGGUUACCGAGUAUCUUGUUGCAACAUUUGGUGAUUAUUUUACAGAUGUAAAGAUGUAUAUUGAAGAAAGAUCAUUUAGGAGAUUUGUUGAGGCUUGUCUGGAGGAAACUGUGGUUGUAUAUGUUGACCGUCUUCUCACACAGAAAAACUAUAUAAAGGAAGAGACCAUUGAAAGGAUGAGACUGGAUGAAGAGGUUCUCAUGGACUUUUUUAGGGAGUAUUUAAGUGUUUCUAAAGUAGAAAGCAGAGUCAGAAUACUGAGUGAUUUGAGAGAACUUGCUUCAGCAGAGAGCCUGGAUACAUUCACACUGAUUUACACAAAUAUUCUUGAACAUCAACCUGAUUGUCCGCCUGAGGUAGUGGAGAAGCUUGUCGCACUACGAGAAGGCAUACCGCGGAAGGAUGCUAAGGAGGUUGUACAAGAGUGCAAGGAGAUAUAUGAGAAUUCUCUCGUCAAUGGAACCCCUGCCAAAGCAGGUUUUGUAUUUCCAAGAGUUAAGUGCUUAUUGUCUGCCAAGGCAUCGAUAUGGCGAAAACUAACUUAGUCUAUCUAGAAGCAGAACACCGAUAUAUUUGCUUGUACUAACUUGUCUUUAUGUUUUUGCAACCUUCAUGGAAAUUUGUUAACUUUCUUUUUUGUUUUAUUACUUGCAAAAAAGUUCUUCUAGUAAAAA